UUCCACACAAACACACACCCUCAUUCUCAGAGGACACACACACUUACAGAGACCUCUUCUCACACACUCACAGCUGUUGGUACUCCUCUCUCCGAUGAACAGCGUUGGAGAGCAGAGCCUGAAGGAGUCUGGGAGAACCUUUCGUUAGUUGGCAGCUCAUCAUGUGAGCAUCUGGACGGAAUAACUGGAGGGACAACUGGAGUGACUCGCGUUUUUCUGAUCACCUACCCGCCUGUCCGUUCCGGGUUCUCUGUUGGAAUCUGCUUACAGAAUCUGAAACAACCGCAGAGUGGGAAAGAGAGACAUGAGUUUUACCUCUGCCAUCUGCCACUACUGCCUGAUUUCUCCCAUUCACUAAUCCAGGAGGGAAUACCAGGUAAGAGGGUCAAAGCGGCAGCCAUAGAGGCAAAGCAGCAAGGUGUAGCAGGCAUGAGUGCAGACAGCCAUCAGGGGGUGGUGACCACUCCUCCGCCACCCACCGGGGGGACCAAGGAGCGCUAUUUUGACCGGAUCAACGUCAACGAUCCGGAGUACAUCAGAGCCAGAAACAUGUCGCCGGAUCUCCGGCAGGACUUUAAUGUCCUGGAGCAGAAGAAACGCGUCACACAGAUACUACAGAGCCCAGCUUUCAAAGAGGAGCUGGAGUGUCUGAUCCAUGAGCAGCAGAGAAAAGGGAACAACCCGACCGGACUGCUGGCCCUCAGGCAGAUCGCAGACUUCUUCAUGGCCAGCUCAGUGGCCGGCUUCAACACGUCUCCUCUCAGUCUGGGGAUGGUGACUCCCAUUAAUGACCUGUAUGGGGUGGAAUGCUCCUCUAUGGUGAAAGGCGAGAAGCUGACGCGCUGUAAACUGGCCAGCCUCUACAGACUGGUGGACCUGUUCAGCUGGGCCCACUUCGCCAACUCCUACAUCACAGGCCGAGUGAGUAAAGAACAAGACCACAUUCUCAUCAUCCCCAGAGGUCUGUCAUUCGCUGAAGCUUCUGCAUCCAACCUGGUGAAGGUGAACAUCAUCGGGGAUGUGAUCGAGCAAGGCUCCACAAACCUGCGGAUCGAUUCGGCCGGUUUCAGCCCGCAUGCUGCCAUCUACUCCAUGCGACCGGACAUCCGCUGCAUUGUACAUGUGCACACUCCCGCCACGGCGGCUGUGUCCUCUAUGAAGUGUGGCAUUUUACCUAUUUCCCAGGAGGCAUUGAUCUUGGGAGAUAUUGCUUAUUACAACUACCAGGGCUGCCUGGAUGACCAGGAGGAGCGCAGAGAGCUGCAGAAAGCCCUUGGUCCAACAGCAAAGAUUUUGGUGCUGAGAAAUCACGGCGUAGUCGCUCUGGGGGAGACCAUCGAAGAGGCCUUUCACUACAUCUACAAUGCCCAGUACGCCUGCGAAAUCCAGGUGAAUGCUAUCUCGUGUGCUGGAGGGGUGGACAACCUCAUAGUGCUGGAUCCUGAGAAGUAUAAAUCCAGAGUUUUUGCUGUGGCUAAUGCUGCAGCCGUCAACAUGUCUGGGCAGUACAAGUGGAAGAUCGGGGAGCUGGAGUUUGAGUCCCUGAUGAGGAUGCUGGAUAAUCUGGGCUACAGGACGGGUUACGCCUACAGACACCCCAUCAUUCGAGAGAAGCCGAGGCAUAAGAGCGAAGUGGAGAUCCCCGCCACCGUCACCGCGUUCACGUUUGAGGAGGACGGUGACGCCACUCGGCUGCCCUUCAAGUUCCUACAGCAGCGACAGCAGAGGGAGAAGACGCGCUGGCUGAACUCCCCUAACAGCUACACCAAGGUCAGCGUGGAGGCCGGAGAGGAGCGCUGCAGCAGGACCACCACGUGGAUGAAAGCGGAUGAAAGCGGAACUCCGAUCCGCAUUGAGGACCCCAACCAGUUCGUCCCUCUGAACACAGACCCCACCGAGGUGCAGCAGAAGAGGAACAAAAUCAGAGAGCAGAACCGGUUAGAUGUGAUGACAUCAGGCCCGCGGUCUCAGCACCUCGCUGGGAUUCCUGUCGAUCAGCCGCGCCAGGAAGCUGGGCAAAUAGGCGCGCCGCCAUACGUGCCCACAGAGGAGGAGCAGAUGGCUCCUCUUCCUCCCAACCCGUUCAGCGAGCUGUUGGAAAAGGAGGAGUCCCACAAAAACAUGGAGAGAAGGCAACUUGGCCUCAGCGAUGGCGAGCACGAGCUAACCUCCGACGACGGCUCCACUCUCUCUCAGUCUCUGUCUGUCACGCAGUCUCCGCAAAUCACUCCGGCUAAAGAAGAGAACCACACGGGCCUGAUGAACGGAAAGGACAACCACGACGAGGAGCUGUCCAAGCGGGUCAGUCAGCUGACCACCAGCAUGGAGAGCGUGGAGAUCACCAUGCGCUCUGGUGAGAAGAUCGAGGAGACGCUGUCCCCCGAAAGCUCCCCCUCUAAGUCGCCCAACACCAAGAAGAAGAAGAAGUUCCGCACGCCGUCCUUCUUGAAGAAAAACAAAAAGAAAGAGAAGACGGAGGCCUGAGAGAAGGGAGCAGGCAGCACGGGGAGUCAGGAAGAGCGUCCGCGUAAAGAGGAAAGAGGGGCCCGAUACUCCUCCUUUCUGUCUUUCUUUUGUCUGUCCUUUUAUGUUUUUUUUUUUUUUGUUUUUAAUUAUAUUUGAUUUUUUUAACAAAAGGUUUUAUGUACAAAAGGCAGAAGAAAGUUUAAAAAAAUGGGAUAAAAAAAAAAAGUAAUUUUUGCAGAGAAAGAAUGUUUGUGAAGUUUCUGGGAGGGCAGGCGUUUGGGCCCCCCCGAUCAAAGCUGCAGCAGAUGUGAGGAAACAUGCAGGUGUUGGUGUGUCCACACACCUGAUAACUCAUGCAGUGCUCUAACAGGGCUCCUGGAAAUGUCACUUUUUAGAUCCUGAAUAACUGGCUCCUCUUCUCGUUUUUAACCUUUCUCAAAUAUAAACUGGAAGCCUCUUUUGUUUCCCUUCACAUAUGCUUUUUUUAGAUAUAUUUCCAAUUAUUUCUGCA